GACAGAGUCUUCUUCUCAAUUCUCUCUUAUAGGUUGUUUUCUCUUAAUCUAUCGAAGGAGAUCGAUCAUAAAAAUCGUAUGACCCUGUUCUGUUUAUCUGACAUAAAAUAUUUGAUCCAAUGACUAAGGUCAGUCCAGCAUUUGAAGAUGCAAUGAGGGAAAUUGUGUCCGUGUCAGCUGAUGUCUGCUUUGCUUCUAAUCAGUUCCCACGAUACAGAAUAGGACCUGGUAAUCAGAUUCUUGAUGAGGCGAAGAAAUAUCCUCGGGGUCCUUCACUCAAAGAGGUUGUUGAAAAAGAAACUGCCCAACUGGUAGAGCAGUACAAGCGUCUCUCAGUUCGUGAUCUUGCCAGUAAAUUUGAUAAGAACUUAGCAUUUGCCACCAAGUUGUCAAAUGAGGCUGCACAUAGAAAAGUUGCCUCUUUGGAGGGGCAUGUUCUUCUGAAAAAGCUACGCGAUGCAUUGGAAGUUCUGAAGGGACGAUUGGCAGGUCGAGACAAGGAAGACGUGGAGAAAGCUAUUUCAAUGGUGGAGACUUUGGCAGUCAAGCUAACUCAGAAAGAAGGAGAAUUAGUUCAGGAGAAAUAUGAAGUGAAGAAGCUAGCAAACUUUCUUAAGCUGACUUCAGAAAAUGCUAAAAAGUUGGUCAGUCAAGAGAGAUCAUUUGCAUGUGCAGAAAUAGAAAGUGCCAGAGCUGUAGUGCAAAGAAUUGGAGAAGCUCUCGAAGAACAAGAAAGAGAUUCUCAGACUUCAGCAAAGCAGGAGGUUCAAGGGCUACUUGAGGAAGUCCAACAAGGUCGAAGGAUAAAAAUGUUGCAUCAACCGAGCAAGGUGAUGGACAUGGAGCAUGAGCUCAGGGAUCUGCGGAUUCAGAUUCAAGAGAAAUCUACAAUCUCGAUAAAGCUUCAGAAACAGCUGGAGUUUAGAAAAAGGGCUGAGAAUAAAAAGUUCUGUAUAUACGAAUUAAAUGGUUUGGUAAGUCUAGGUUCAUUCCUACGUAUUCAACCAUGCUCCGAUGCAGCUGAAGAGCCAUCUAAAUGUUCAAUCCAGUGGUAUCGCUUACCAACAGAAGGCAGCAGGAGGGAAAUUAUUUCAGGUGCUACCAAACCAAUUUAUGCUCCAGAGCCUUUUGAUGUCGGAAGAUUUCUAGAAGUUGAUAUCAUCUCAAACGGCCAAAAGGUUUCUUUAACAACUGCUGGAGCCAUUUCUCCGGCUCCAGGACUCGACAAUCAUGUGGAGAUUCUUUUACGAAAACCUAAUACAGAAUUUAAUGUAGUUAUUACCCAGAUGAACGGGCGCAAUUAUUCUUCAAAAUCCAUGCACUUGUUUCAACUAGGGAAAACAAGGAUGAAGCUGUCCAGAGGAUGGAUUACAAAGGCUAGAGAAUCAUAUUCUUCAUCCAUGCAGAUAUGUGGGUUUAGAGGUGGAGGCAAUUCAGCAGCCAAAUUGUUAUUUUGGCAAGCAAGAAAAGGCCAAUCAUUCAUACUGUUGUUUGAAUCAGAGCUAGAUAGAAAUGCAGCUAUUAUGCUUGCUAGGAGAUGCGGUCUUCAUUGCAGCGUCAUGCUUGCUGGUCCUGAAGAUCAUGCCUUCAUGUAAACCGAACUCAUUUCCAAGUUUUUAAAACCCGAAUGCGAGUGUCACCUGUUUUAGGAGUGUGAGUUUUGCUUUCGUGUUUGAUUGAUGAAGUUGAUGAAAGAAUUUGCUUGGAUGGUUUCAUAUUAGGAAUAUUUGAUUUAUUAUCUAUCAUAGUUACUAUAUAUUGUUCUCUAAAAUGUAUAAAUAGUGCAAUACUCAGUCCUUGUGAGUUUGCU